GGGGCUACGCGUCGGGUAGUACGCAGCCGCUGCACUACCGCCCCUUUGCUCGGCGCCAAGAACAGUGGCGACGCGCUGCUCGCUUUGGUAGAUUCUCCCUCCCGGCCAGCCAGCGCCAUUGUUUCCUUGCGGCUAGCGCGCGCUCUCUCUCUCUUUCUCUCGCUCUCGCCAGCUAGCUGGUUCCCACCGCCGCGCUCGCUCGCCGGGUGAUAGGCUCGUGAGGAAAGCGAGCUGGCUCACGGGUUCCAUUCCGUGAUGGAUCGGUGCCGGAGGCGGCAAUGGGGCGUCGCUUGCUCCGCGCUGCUCCUGUCGGCGCUGCUCGCGGCCGCCUCCGCGCAGUCGCCGUCACCGGCGCGGGCGCCCAACCCGGCACCGUCUCUUCCCGCGGCGCCGCGGCCGGCUCCUAGGCCGUCGUCCCCGGCCGUGCCGGCUCCCAAGCCAUCGUCUCCCCCUGCCGCGUCGCCGGCGCCGAAGCAGACACCCGGCCCUUCGGCUUCGCCGGUGCCGAAGCCGCCGGCCCCACGCGCGCCGGCGCAGGCGCCAAACCCAUCGUCUCCAGCCGCACCCGCGGCGUCACCGGUUCCAAGGCCGCCCACUCCACGUGCGCCGGCGCAGGCCCCACCACCACCAGCGUCACCUCCACCCCCGGCGCCAACGGCACCAAAGCCUUCACCUCCAUCCCCGGCCCCAGCGGGACCAAAGCCUUCACCUGUGGCCCCGGCGCCGGCUCAGAAGCCGUCUCCUCCCACGACGACUACACCACCACCACCACCACAAAAACCGUCUGCACCUCCGACUCCACCACCGGCUCCGACGCAGCCUCCGGCGAACCCUUCCCCGUCAACGCCCUCAUUGGCUCUGUCGCCCAGCUUCUACGCCGCCUCCUGCCCGAGCGUGGAGCUGGCGGUGAGCGAUGUCGUCAGGUCGGCCUCCACCUUGGACUCCAGCAUCCCCGGCAAGCUUCUCAGGAUGGUCUUCCAUGACUGCUUCGUAGAGGGAUGCGACGCUUCGGUGCUGAUCCAAGGCAACGGCACGGAGAGGACCGACCCGGCGAACCUCUCGCUGGGCGGGUUCAACGUCAUCGACGAGGCCAAGAGGCUGCUCGAAGCCGUGUGCCCGGCAACCGUUUCCUGCAGCGACAUCAUAGUUCUUGCUGCAAGAGACGCCGUCACAUUUACCGGAGGGCCGUCGGUGCCCGUCUCCCUCGGCCGACGCGACAGCCUCGUGUCCCUGGCGUCCAACGUGAGAGCAAACAUCAUCGACACCGGCUUCUCCGUCGACGCGAUGGCGGCGAGCUUCGCCUCCAAGGGGCUCUCCCUGGACGACCUCGUCACCCUCUCAGACGGCGGGUGUCGCAGGCGGGCACACGAUCGGGUCGGCGCACUGCGGCACGUUCCGGGAGCGGUUCCGGGCGGACGCGAACGGGAGCAUGGUGCCGGUGGACAGCACGAUGAACGCCGAGUACGCGACGGAGCUGAUGCGCGCGUGCGCGGCGUCGGGGAGCGCGGCGGUGGGCUGCGACGACGGGUCGGCGGAGGCGUUCGACAACCGCUACUUCAGCAACCUGCUGGACGGGCGCGGGCUACUGCGCACGGACGCGGUGCUGGUGCAGAACGCGACGACACGGGCCAGGGUGGCGGCGUUCGCGCAGAGCCAGGACAGCUUCUUCGGCAGCUGGGCCGGCUCCUUCGCCAGGCUCACCACCCUCGGCGUCAAGACCGGCUCCGACGGCGAGGUCCGGCGGCUCUGCUCCAGCGUCAACGGCUGAACCGAUCGCCCAUGGGCAUGUGCAUGGGCAUGUAACGUAACACGGGAUACAUAGGGCCAUAGGGGGAGGUCGUCGAAUGUACUGCUGUUGUUAAGUAGCGAGCUGAGCUGAGGAUGAGGUUGAUUCGUUUGUUCUUGUUGUUGUAGCUGAUGACCAGGCUUUCUUUGCUUAGGCUGCGUUUUAUCUGCAACCAAAUACCAACCAAAUCGAACACAAUGAACUAGUAAUACUUCGUUUUGGGA